AUGGCCAUACCGUCCGCCGACUGGGUGCCACGUGGCAACGUAAUUGCGAUGCUAAACCACUACGCACCGCCAGCGGACAGUUCCUGUCAACCUUUCAACUACGUUGAUACGCCACCAGCCGGGCAACCAGGCCGCAACACCAGCGAUUCAACCCAAGAAACGUUGAUCCACGAUUUGCGUGGCCAAGACUCAGUCUUUGACCUAGACAAAGACAAGUUCCAAAUAAUCACCAAUGUAGAAGCAUCCUCAGAGCGCUCGUUCACAGACGACACAUCUAUCAAGGAGAACUACUACCCGGAGGUAAAGCAGCUCCUUGUCAAGCACAUAAGGGGCUCCAACAAGAUCCACAUCUUCGAUCAUACCAUUCGGCUGGCGAACCCGUCUGCGCCGCGAGAUCCAGUGACAAGUGUCCAUAUUGAUCAGACAGCGGCAUCGGCGGUGAAGCGGGGGCGAUACAGGAUUGUAAAUGUGUGGAUGCCACUGAACAACAAGCCAGUCGAGUCAUUCCCCCUCACGUUUGCGAGCACAUAUACGCUGGAGGACUGCGAUGUGAUGCCUAUCGAGCAUCGAUAUCCGAAUGGGUAUACUGGUGAGACGACAGCCAUCAAGCACAACCCUAGCCGAAAAUGGUAUUAUCUUAGCGGUAUGACCGGCAGUGAGAGGUUGCUCCUUGAGUGCUCCGAUAGCGAGCCACUAAAGCCUGGGAGCGGCAUUGGCGGUCGCGUGCCACACACAGCCUUUGUCGAUCCCCGGACUCGGGAGGAUGCAGAAGCGAGGAAAAGCAUUGAAGUGAGAGCUUUGGUGUUUGGGCUGUGA